GGCACGGAGUCUGGUUACACUGCUCCCAUAUCUGACAAAUUGGAUUUUUCGAGCGGAAAAACUGGAAAACUUAAGCAUUUAACCAUUUUGCGAGCAAUCCAUCGGAUUUACCGCUUACCGGCACAUUGUUGUGGAGCAAGUGCAUCGCUGACCAACCGACUGGGCGAUAGGAUUUGGUAUAAAUCCGCCAAAAUGUCGCAGUCACCGGAUGGCGGGAUUUCCAAAAUGGAAACGGAGGAGGAGCCGGAAAAUCCGGCAGACCCCCAGCAGGAAUCCUGGCGUGGAAUGCCCAUGGAGGUCAUACAUCGUCAUCUCCAGCCUUUUGAAUUGGAACACUUGCCAUCCGUGAUCGCUGGGAAUCUUCACCGGGUGUUGUACCAACUGCCCAUCCGGGAAUCUCCGCCACGCCCACAUAAAUCACCGGGGAAGUGGGAUUCGGAACAUGUGCGUCUGCCAUGUUCGCCGGAGUCGAAAUAUCCCCGAGAAAACCCGGAUGGCACCACCACCAUCGAUUCCAGAUGGGGAAUGAUAGAGAGAGCCCUCCUCCAACCCAUAGAGACCAGUGAGGAGCUCCAAAAUGCGAUUCUAUCCUACAAUACUACCUAUCGGGAUCAAUGGCACUUCAGAGCGCUUCAUCAACUGUUUGACGAAGAGCUGGACGAGAGCGAAUCGAGGGUUUUCUUCGAGGAUCUAUUGCCCCGGAUCAUUCGGCUGGCAUUGCGACUACCGGAUUUGAUUCAAUCCCCGGUUCCGCUGCUCAAGCAGCACAAGAAUGCCUCGUUGACGCUGAGUCAGCAGCAGAUUGCCUGUCUCUUGGCCAACGCCUUUCUGUGCACCUUUCCUCGCAGGAACACCCUGAAAAGAAAGUCCGAGUACAGCAGUUUCCCGGACAUCAACUUUAACCGCCUUUACCAAUCUACGGGUCAAGCGGUUCUGGAGAAGCUCAAGUGCAUUAUGCACUAUUUUCGGCGAGUGUGUCCCACGGAGCGGGACGCAAGCAAUGUGCCCAUCGGUACUGUGACCUUUGUCCGCCGAAGCGGGCUGCCGGAACAUCAGGUCGACUGGAGCCAGAGUGCGGCGCCGUUGGGCGAUGUGGCAUUGCAUGUUGAUGCCGAGGGAACGAUCGAGGACGAGGGCAUCGGACUGCUGCAAGUGGACUUUGCCAACAAAUAUCUGGGUGGCGGUGUCCUCGGACACGGUUGCGUCCAGGAGGAGAUACGCUUUGUGAUCUGUCCGGAGCUUUUGGUGAGCAAACUUUUCACGGAAUGUCUACGACCUUUCGAGGCACUGGUUAUGCUGGGCGCCGAGCGAUAUAGUAACUAUACGGGAUAUGCUGGAACCUUCGCUUGGUCGGGCAACUGUGAGGACUCCACGCCGAGGGACAGCUCUCGCCGUCGGCAAACGGCCAUUGUGGCCAUAGAUGCACUGCAUUUUGCCCAGUCGCAUCAUCAAUAUCGCGAGGAUCUGAUGGAAAGGGAGCUGAACAAGGCGUUUAUUGGUUUUGUCCACUGGAUGGACAUGCCGCCUCCAGGUGUGGCCACCGGCAAUUGGGGAUGUGGUGCAUUCGGCGGAGAUUCCUACCUAAAAGCCCUGCUGCAACUCAUGGUCUGCGCUCAACUGGGCAGACCAUUGGCCUACUACACCUUUGGUAACACCGAAUUCAGGGACGAUUUUCAUGACAUAUGGCUGUUAUUUCGAAGUCAGGAGACUACUGUGCAGCAGCUUUGGGGUAUUUUAAGGUCCUAUAGUAAAUUAAUGAAGGAGAAAAGCUCCAAGGAGCCGCGUGAGCAAAAGGCAACUAAAAAGAAGCUAUACGAAUUUAUAAAGGAAGAACUGAAGAAAGUCGGAGAUGGGCCCGGAGAAGAGGCGCCCGUUGAAGCUGGAACAUCAAAAUCCGGAUCAUCAGGAUCGGGAGAAGCAAAAUCGGAAGCAAAACCCUCGACAACAUCGGCGAAAACCUCGCCAGAACUUACCAAAAAACCGGCCCAAGCGAAAGGCACUACUACUCAACAGAGUCCCGAUCUCUUUCCCCAAUCAUCGCAGGAUGAUUCCAAUUCCUCUCAAGAGCAAGCCAUUCUCAUGCUGUCCGAUGAUGAGGAGACCAAUGCCAUGAUGGAAGCCGCCAGCUUGGAGGCGAAAAACAGCGAGGAAGCCAGCAACAGCAGCACACCGGCCAAGAGCAGUAGCUCCGCCACGAAAUCAGGAGCAACAGGUGGAAGUCGCCAGUUGACCCUGCUCGAGAUGCUGGACUCUCACUACGAAAAGGGACAGCCCUCGAAGAGACCGAGAAAAGCGGCCAAGGGUGAGGGUCAAGCAAAGAGUCGCAAGGAGAACGAUGUGCAGGAUAAGGAGGAUAUUGUUGACUAAGUGAUAUAUUGCCCUAGAUUUGUACUGCCCUAAGAAAAAAGUUUAUAACUAUUACAAAAUAGUUCUAAUCUAAAUGUUCCCCUAUUCUUGGAAUUUUCUAGACUAAUCUUACAAAGAAAUGACCUGUAUCAAAAAUUUAAUUGUAUGCUGAUUAUUUAUAUAAUGUGAAGUAUGUAGUUAAAAUUAGUAAAGAGUUUUUUUUUCGAACCAAAA